AUGAUCCAAAUUAUCGAGUUGCUUCAAACUGCCCUUGAAAAGGGGUUCAUUUAUAUCGAUGCUGCAAAUUCGUAUGAAGCUGAAAGAGAAGUUGCAAUUGCUAUCAAAGAAAGUGGUAUUCCGAGAGACAAGCUCUUCAUUACCACCAAGGUCCUUGAAGGAUGGAAAGAUGUUCCAGUGGCGUUGGAUGGUGGCUUCAAACGGUUACAAGUUGACUAUACCGGUUGGAAGAGACUAGAAACUGUUCAUGCCGAAGGAAAGGCCCGGGAUAUUGGUGUAUCCAACUUCCAUCGCAGCCACCUUGAGGCCGUGUUGGAGAAGCGUCAGCAUGACAUCGAGGUCCCGUCGUUCAAGACUCUUGCACCAAUCACUGUUGUUGUUCUUAGUUGGGUAAUUGACCAGAAUAUUGUGUCUAUUACAACAACAAAUAAGGCGGAGAGAAUGGAUGAGUACAUUGCUACUUUAUCCCUUAGGCUUAGUCGGGAUGAGUUAGAGGAGACUACAUAG